AUGAAAAUUUCAUUGCUCACACUGUCAAUCUGUGGAUUACUAACCUACGGUUUUGCAGCGCCACUUGACGACUCGGCCAAUGCCCGGAUAUUAAAAUAUGAUUUCAAAAAUACUGGAAUUGAUGGCUACGAUUUUAGCUUCGAAACCAGUGACGGCAUCGAACGCAAGGAAAGUGCAGAACUCAAGGAUAUUGGCACCGACACAAAAGCGCUCACAGUUGAUGGCUUUUCCACUUGGAUAGCACCGGAUGGUGUGAAAUACACUGUAAAUUAUAUAGCUAAUGAGAAGGGUUACCAACCGUGGGGCGCUCAUUUGCCAAAUCAUGAAAGACCGACUUAA